UAUAAGCGCUUGCUUCUACGCCGUAGCUUAGCCUAGGUUCUCUUCCUCAGCUUUUCCUCUUCCUUUCCAUCCCCAUUCUCCCAACUCGAUCUGCGAAACCGGCAUUCCAAGAACCGCGAGCCUCCGAUCCAGUCUGCUCCCCUCCUCCCAUGGAUGAAUCUGAGGAGCAUAGCGAUGGCAAUGGUGGCGGGCACCACCACCACGGGUACGAGUGGAAGUUUCCGGCGGCGCUGUCGGCGAACACGACGAGCGUGCACGUGACGGCGCUGGAUGGCGUUGUGAACGUAAACUCGCUCUUCACGGUGGCCGUCUUCGUGGGCCUCUCCCUCGCGACCCCGGGGCAGCUCCGCAGCCUCGCCGGCGACCCGUCCUGCGACGCCGGGCCGGGCGUGGCGCGGUCUCUUCUGGUCCUCGAGGUCGUCGCCUUCUCCUCCUUCCUCUUCUCCAGCCUGGUCGCUCAGGGGCUGAAGCUGGCGCUGAACCUCAUCAACUCCAAGGACCCGCACGACGCGGUGCGCGCACACAUCGACGCCCGCGUGCUCCGGCUCGGGAUGCUGGCCUCCGCCGUGGGCUCCGUCGUCGGGUGCGUGUUCCUGAUGGUGUCCAUGGUGAUGGUCGUGCAGAUCCGGCUCGGCACGCUCAGCUGCGCGAGCAACCGCGCCGCCGCCAAGGCCGCCGCCGGGCUCGUCGGGCUCGUCACCUCCGCGCUCGCCGUCUACGUUGGCACCGUCUUCUACACCUUCACCCACUGAUGACUGAUGGUCGAUGGAUCUCAGCUCGACCGGCGCGAUGUGUUGUAGAAUGAGUCUGUGAUGCUUAUGUAUUUUAUCUUACUUGCAUCAUCCUGAUUGCUGUGGAGAAACUGUUGCUGAAAAUGUGGUUUUUAUGGGGAUAAAAUUAUGCGAUGAUCUUGCAAUGCCCGACGCUU